AUGCGCUCAAUAAUCACAUCUUUCUUGCUGCCGCUUCUUGCAGCGGCAGUGAAAGUGCCUUAUGAAGAGUAUAUACUAGCUCCAGCCUCGCGAAACCUUGUACCUACGUCAGUCUAUCAAGUCAAUGGUUCCGUUACAAACACGAACUCAUCCGGGAAAGCCACUUUCAAUGGUCUAUCCUCUUUCACCUUAGACUUUGGCAAGAAUGUUGCAGGUCUAGUGUCACUAGAUGUGGAAUCCGUCUCAUCUCCCAGUGCGUUUCUAGGAGUGACAUUUACUGAAUCCAACCUUUGGAUCAGCAGUAAGUACUCUGAUGCUACCGGAAACUCAGGAUACGAUUCAGUUCUUUGGUUCGACGUCGGAAAAGGAGCUGGAGUCUAUACCCCGGGAAGUCAGUUCCAACGAGGCGCGUUUCGUUAUUUAACCGUGGUGUCGAACACAAGUGCAACAAUUAACCUCAACUCGGUUCAUGUGAAUUUCACCGCUGCACCCAUGCAGAGCCUACGUGACUAUACCGGAUGGUUCCAUUCCGAUGACGAGCUGAUCAAUAGAAUUUGGUAUGCUGGGGCCUACACGAAUCAACUGGCUACAAUUGAACCAACAGCUGGAGAUGCUAUUACCUCUCAGUCAGAUGAUAUAACUGUCCCAGAAACAAACGCUUGGUACAACAACUACACUAUCACCAAUGGCAAGAGUACCAUUACUGAUGGGGCUAAGCGUGAUCGACUUGUCUGGCCUGGCGACAUGGCCAUCUCGUUGGAGAGCAUUGCAGUCAGCACCGGGGAUCUGUACAGUAUCAGGAUGGGGCUGGAGUCUUUGCUAGCCUUGCAGAAGGCGGAUGGGCAGCUUCCAUACGCGGGACUUCCUUUCAAUGGAACUAUCAGCUACACUUAUCACCUGCAUAACCUCAUUGGAGUAUCGUUCCUCUAUCGCUUCUCGGGUGAUACAGCUUGGCUUUCGAGCUACUGGGACCAAUAUGUGCGAGGUGUUGAAUGGGCGUUGGAAGCUAUUGACGACUCUGGAUUGGCCAAUGUGACCUGGAGUGCUGACUGGCUCAGAUAUGGUAUGGGAGGUCAUAACAUUGAAGCGAAUGGAAUUCUCCACUUCGUUCUAAAAGACGCACAGAAUCUGGCGCGGGAUGUUAAUCAGACCUCGAUGAUCAGCCACUGGGCCAGCGUCGCCGCAGGUAUCAAGACUGCUGCAAAUGAGCUCCUAUGGGAUUCUGAAGCAGGGCUCUACCGCGACAAUGAAACCACAACUCUUCAUCCCCAGGAUGGAAAUACGUGGGCCAUCAAGUCUGGUCUGACUUCUAGCAAUCAAAGCACCAUCAUUUCCAAGGUACUACAAGCCCGCUGGGGUAAAUAUGGUGCGCCCGCGCCUGAGGCCGGUGCAACCAUCUCACCGUUCAUUGGAGGCUUCGAGCUACAGGCCCAUUACAUCGCCAAACAGCCAAACCUGGCCUUAGAUCUACUGAGACUUCAGUGGGGUUAUAUGUUGCUUGACUCUAAGAUGACGCAAUCCACCUUAAUCGAGGGAUACUCCACCGAUGGGUCAAUUCAUUACGCUCCGUAUAUCGAUGAUGCGCGUAUAUCGCAUGCUCACGGAUGGUCUACUGGUCCGACGUAUGCGCUUACAGCGUACGCCGCUGGAAUUCAACUUACUGGGCCCGGUGGCUCAUCAUGGAAGAUUGCUCCGCAGCCGGGAGAUCUCACCACAGUAGAUGCCGGACUUAGCACUUCCCGUGGCGUUUUCUCGGUUCAAUAUACUAAGUCUUCAUCUGGUCAAGGAUACAGUCAGUUCUCAUUCAGCACACCCACCUCCACGAAGGGAAGUGUUCGGCUCCCUGGCGUCAUUGGCACUCUGGUGUCGAGCAUUGGGCAAAAGGUGAAACUGGUGAAUGGAGUGGCGGUGAUACCUGGGGGAAAUUGGGAGUUAGAAACUGGAAGUCAUUAG